CCUCCACCCCCUUCCGACCAAAAAAAGAAAAGCCUGUCGGCUUUCUAUGCAAAUGGGCUCAUCUACAGCGCUAUCUUUACACUCUCCUGCGAAGUUCCAGAUUAAUUUAUGGCAGCAUAAGUGGAAUCAAACGCUACAAGAUGGCCAAGCAUUAAGUAGCUCAUCGCGCUAUUGUGCUGCGCGGGGUGCCCAGUUAUUUCCAUUUGCUCCACUCAAUAGAAGAAGUACAAGAAAAAUAUCCUUGACCGUUAGAGCAGCUUCCGGCGGUGUUUCCCGGCGGUCGGCGAGCUCUCGAAGAGUUUACAGAGAAUCCCAAGGUCAAGCUCCGGCUCUUCCUGCGCCGGUUAUGCAAAUCGCUUCUUUUAUUCUUCCAGCUGGUGCAUUCAUUGUUGGCACUUUCGUUCUAUGGAAAUUGGUGGAGAAAGUCCUUGUGCCAAAACGAAAAAAUUCUCUGUCAGAAGAAAACAGAUCUUCUCAAGGAGUGAAAUGGUCCUUUGCUCCUGGGACCAAUCUAUUAUCUGCUUUUGGUGCGAAGGUUGAAAUAGAAUCCAAGCAGAGGCUAAAUGAGUUUGCCAAAGAACUUCGGUUAUUCAGAACAGUUGACAUGUCAGGCCGUAACUUUGGUAAUGAUGGACUUUACUUUUUAGCUGAGGGCUUGGCAUACAACCAGACUGCUGAGGAAGUCAGCUUUGCUGCUAAUGGAAUAACUGCUGAUGGAAUAAAGGCUUUUGAUGGUGUUUUGCAAUCCAAUGUUGCCCUAAAAACUCUGGAUCUUUCGGGGAAUCCCAUAGGUGAUGAAGGAGCUAAGUACUUACGUGAUGUUCUGUUGGAAAAUUCCAGUAUUCAAAAGCUUCAGUUGAACAGCACUGGAUUGGCUGAUGAGGGAGCAAAGGCUAUUGCUGAGUUGUUGAAGAAAAAUUCAGCUUUGCGUAUUCUUGAACUCAACAACAAUCUCAUUGAUUACUCGGGAUUUUCAGGCAUUGCUGAAGCACUUCUUGAGAAUAAAAGCAUACAGGUCUUGUAUCUCAAUGGAAAUUAUGGUGGUCCUUUGGGUGCUGCUGCUCUUGCUAAAGGUUUAGAGGGGAACAAGUCAUUGAGGGACCUUUUUUUACAUGGGAACUCUAUUGGAGAUGAAGGUAUUCGUGCUCUGAUAAUCGGCUUAUCUAUACAUAAAGGGAAAGUGACCUCUUUAGACAUUGGGAACAAUUCAAUCAGUGCAAGAGGAGCAUUUCAUGUGGCUGAGUACGUAAAAAAAAGCAAAAGCUUACGUUGGAUAAAUAUCUACAUGAAUGAUAUUGGAGAUGAGGGAGCUGAGAAAAUAGCAGAGGCUUUGAGGCAGAACCGUUCAGUGACCGACAUAGAUUUGGGGGGAAAUGACAUCCAUGCCAAGGGAGUCGCUGCCAUAGCACAAGUUUUCAAGGACAAUGCUGUCCUUACUUCAUUGGAGAUUGGUUAUAACCCCAUUGGUCCUGAUGGAGUGAAGGCAUUGGCUGAGGUUCUCAAGUUUCAUGGAAAUAUAAAAAACCUUAUGCUUGGUUGGUGUCAGAUUGGAGCCAAAGGUGCUGAGUUCAUUGCUGAUAUGCUGAAGUACAACGGUACCAUAUCAACUCUAGACCUGCGAGGCAAUGGACUUAGAGAUGAGGGUGCCAUAUGCCUAGCUCGUAGCUUGAAGGUUGUAAAUGAAGCUCUAACAACGCUAAAUUUGGGAUUCAAUGAAAUCAGAGAUGAAGGAGCUUUUGCUAUUGGUCAGGCACUCAAGGCCAAUGAAGAUGUUAGGCUGACUUCAUUAAAUUUUGCCAGCAACUUCCUCACCAAAUUGGGACAGACUGCACUAACAGAUGCUAGAGAUCAUGUCUUUGAGAUGAAUGAAAAGGAAGUCUCUAUUUUCUUUUAGAUGGCAUCACAUUACAGGGCAAGUAUAGAAUGCUGUUUGAACUGGAAAACAUGGGGGAGCCAUCCGAGUUGGCAGAUGAUUUUGCCAGCCCUGUACGAGUAGAUGACCGCAUCCGCUUCUCCCCUUCCUCUGUGGACUUCAUCUGAGACAUUCAUGUAACUGAGGGAACAUGGGAAAUUUUGGUACAGAACGCAGCAACUUCGUUCAUGCUGGUUUUUCUCCCCUAAUUUUUUUUAGUGUUUCUUGCAUCACAAAGCUUAGUUUUGUUGGAUGUACAUUGAAAAGAAUAGUUUGAAAAGUAAAUUUUCCGAUACUUUGUUGUCA